CCAGCUUGAGGUACGGUGUUUCUUAUCUCUCUCUGAAGUCCGAAACCUUAAUUAGUUAUUUGCGUCGCCGAUACCUCUUCUUUGUCUCAGUCUCUCUGCCUUCUUGAUCUCCACGUUAACCAACCAAUUUCAGUAGAUCUGAAAAAACAUGUCGUUCCAAAGCAAUCCGAAUCUGGAAGAAGCAGUCUCUGAACCACCUCCAGAGAUCAAAAAUUGUCUCGAGGAAACGGCAUACGUAGUUGCCAAACUUGGGGAUGCUCGUGCGUUGGAGUUUGAGAGACGGAUAUUUGCCGCUGAUGUAAAAAAUGCAGUAUUCAAUUUCUUGCAUCCCUCAGACCCUUAUCACGCAUAUUACAAGGAAAAGGUUACUGAAUACCGUACUCAGCCCCAGCCUCCAGUGAGAUUAACCUGCGAUCUUGAGCCUCCUGUGAGGAAACCACUUUUUGAUAUCCCUGACAAGUUGUCAUUCUUUCCUGAAGCAAUAAAGCCCAAGGAGCUUGGUUCUAUUAUCCUCACAGCUGUGUUUGUUGCGCGUUAUGGGAAGUAUUUUUGGGACGAGUUGAUGAAGAGAGUGGGUACAGAACCUCUGUUUGAUUUUGUGAAGCCAACUGGUAGCAGUUUCAAAUGUUUCUAUCAGCCUGUUUAUGCUUAUUCCAGAGUAAUAAGGCGUUGCCGAAAGCCUGAUACUAGUAAGGAGGAUCUUGUGGACGGUUUUCGCGGUCUUCUCCAAGCGGAGGGAGUAGGGACUGCUUUGAUUGAUUUGCGUGUGCUUGAGUAUAUUGCUAACACAGAGGAUAAAGAUUUGCUACACCCUUCAAUGAUGAUGAAUCCACCACAACAAAUGCAGCGUCCUGUUGCUGUGCCGCCUCCGGAUUUCAUCAAGUUUGUCGAGCAUACUGCACGUUUUGUUUCCAGUCAUGAUAAUGUGUUGGAGUGCGAGAGAAGGAUGUUAGCCGCUGAUGUGAAUAACGAAUCAUUCAGCUUUCUGGUUAGCUCAGACCGUUAUCACUCAUAUUACCAGGAAAAGCUUAUCGAAUACCGUGCUCGGUUCCAGCCUCCAGUUAAGGAACCGCUUUUUGAUGGGCCUUACAAUUUGACAUUGCUUCCUGAAGAAAUAGCUCCCAAGGAGCUAGAUUAUAUUAAGCUCACAGCUAUGUUUGUUGCGCGUUUUGGGACGUUUUUUCUGGAUGAGUUGAUGAAGGGAGUGGCUAACCAACCUCAGUUUGAGUUCAUAAAGCCAGCCGAUAGCAGGUUCAAAUAUUACUCUCUGCUUCUUUCUGCGUAUUCGAGAGUAUUAAGGUGUUCCCAAAAGCCUGAGUAUAGUAGCGCGGAUCUUGUGGACGAUUUUCUCCAUCUUUUUCAAGCGGAUGAGCAGCAGGACGAGGGAGCGGUAAUGGCUAUGAUUGACUUGCCUACCUUUGAGUGUGUUAUGGACAUAUCGGAUAAUGUGUUGCUGCUAAAACACGCAUUGAACCCACCACAAUAAAGGCAGUUUUGUAUGGAUGUGCCAACAAAUUUGGAUUGAAAAAGUUUGACGUUCAAUGAACAAUCUCUGAUACA